GCCGCCGCUCGAGCGCAUGCGCGCUAGGUGAAACGCCGCGUCUUUCUCUCGCACCUCUCCGCGGCCGCAGCGCCCCCUCUCCCCCCCGCGUGUCGCUAACGGGCAGCAACGGCCGCCGCCAACCGUCGCUGCGGGGUGGGCUGCACCGUGAGGUGAGCCCGAUGUGGAUCCCGCGGCCGGGCGAGGGGCAGCGCGGCCCCUAGCUGAUGCUGAGGAGCCGGCCCGCAGCUGGCGGCGCCCCUGCAGCCGCCGAGGCCCUGUGCGCGCGCGGGGCGGCAGACAUGGACUCGGCGCGGCCUGCCGACGUCGCGGAGCAGACAGCGGGGCACGCCGCGGGCGGAGACCUUUCGGUGGAGCGGGCCUCGGCCUGCCCACCUCAGCGCCGGGAGGAGCAGCGGGACGAGGAUGGAAGCGACGCGGGAGGGGAGAGCGGCGGCUGCUCCUGGGAGCAGAGCCUGAGCCCCGAGCUGCAGCAGGGAUACCGCAUCCUGCGCGAGUUCCUCCUGGAGAAGUACCGGCCUCUGACAGCGCCGUUUUUAAAGCCGCUCGCGGAUCAGGAAUGCGUGAGGGCAGAAGGAGGAGCUGGCUCCCUCUCGGGUCAUAAUAGCAGUCACUCAGCUCAGCAGUCACCAGCUGGAAUGUGGCUGCUGAAGAUGGAAGAGAAAUUUUCCAGCGGGCAGUACGCAGGGAUAGCAGAUUUCGUCGGUGACUUCCGGCAAAUGCUGGAGACGUGUUACCGGUUGCACGGAGUGGAUCACUGGCUGUCCAAACAGGCCCAGAAGCUGGAGAUGAUGCUGGAGCAGAAGCUGGCGCUGCUGUCCCGGCAUUUAAGAGAGAAAACAUCACUAGCAGUAACAUCUAGAGGAUCCUAUGGUCUAGAAGAUGAGAAAGGAACACCAUGCACUUCAACAAGACGUCGUUCCACACCUCGCAACUUAGUAGGCUUGUCAACGGGCAUGUUCGAGUCUGUGAUGGUUCAGGUUCUAAGGCAAGAGGAACAGCUAAGAGCAAAAGAAGAAAAGAGGAUGAGAGAGCAAGAAAGAAAAGAAGCAGAAGAAGCUAGUCAGAAGGAAAUAGAAGAAUGGGAAAAGUCACUUUUAGCUCAAGCAGCACCUACAAGGAUGGAGACGAUGUGGGAGAUUCCAGCUAUUGGUCAUUUCCUUUGCUUAGCACAACAGAUUUUAAACUUACCUGAAAUAGUGUUCUAUGAAUUGGAACGUUGUCUUCUCAUGCCUCAAUGUAAUGCUUUUUUAUCUAAAAUAAUGACUUCUUUGUUAAGUCCUCCGCAUCGCAGAUCUACAUUACAUCGCAGGCCAACACUUUCUUACAGGGCUUGGGAAGCAGCGCUCAGACAGAAAGUCCAACACUGGUAUAAUGUUGUAGGGCAGACUGACAAUCCUAAUAGCUCUGCAGAAAAACUUGGAUUGUGUCCACAGUUUUUUAAAGUCCUUGGAGAAGUUAAUCCCUUACAGGAAAAACCAUUUCAUGAGCUACCGUUCUACCAAAAAGUGUGGCUGCUAAAAGGUCUCUGUGAUUUUGUCUAUGAAACACAAAAGGAUGUUCAGGAUGCUGUUCUGGGUCAACCUAUUCAUGAAUGCAGAGAAGUAAUUCUUGGUUAUGACUACUUGGAGAAUGCUUAUGUUCAUUUUCCACAGUUUUGUGGCGCAGAUGUUCGGAUUUACAAACAGAAACCUUUUCAGGCUCCUGAAUUCCCAUCUCCUCCCAUCAAAGUAAAAAAAGUGCCACGUACAAAGAUAGAGAAAGUAAAAUAUGAAUAUGUAAGCAAAAGCAAUGGAGCUGUCAGCUCUGGUGGUAGAGGAGAUCUGCUACCUCGUUCCAAGUCAGAAGUAGGGAAAAGUAUGGGUUCCAUUGCUGGCUGCCCAGAAAAAGAUACACAUUUGGAUAGCUUUAGUGUCACUACAGAGAUUAAGAUUAACUGUGAAAUGAAGACCUCAGGAGUCUGUGACAUUAAAAAAGCUGGUUGUUAUAAAGAGAACUUGAGACAUUUGAUUAGUUCAGGAGAGAUUGUUAGCAUGGCUGAUCGCUUUAGUUCAGGAGAAAGAAGGCCUGCAGAGAAUGGACAAGGUUGCGCGGAAAUGGCCAGAGUAAAAGUUGAGAUCAGUCCGUUCAAAGAGAACACGCUGAAAGCUUGUCAGAUGCUUGUCAAUGGCACUCAUAAUGACAACCAAGACACAGACUACAACAGAUCUGCUAAAGAAAUAAUGCUGGAGAACUCACUUCGAAGUAAUAAUAACAAACUAAUUAAGUUGCGGGCAAAGAAGAAGAAAAAGAAAAAAAAGAAAUUGAAGGAUAUUCUAAAUGAAAAUCUGCAGAAAAAACUUGAUGACUUGCAGAGAAGACGCGAGGUUCAUCUUUAUCCAUUCAAAUCUUACAAAUCUGAGAUCCAAAGCAAGUUGUUCAAAAAGAAAGCGAAACACAAGAAACACAAGUCUGGAAAAAAAUCGGUCUCUAAAAAAGCAAUCACAAAGAAGAGGAAAGGUGUCACAAAGUCUGCCAUACCAGAAUUUCAGCUUAUUUGCACUAAUCUUGAUGAACUCAGGGAAUUAAUCACAAAGAUUGAGAAUGAACUCAAAGAUCUGGAGGACAUUAAAAAGAAAUCGGGAAGAUGGUACCACCGAAAGCAAGCAGUAAAGGAAUUGCAUGGUACGUUGAUACGACUCCUUAAUGAACUGUUACCAUGGGAACCAAAGCUAAUGAAAGCAUUUCAGAGGAACAGGUCUAGAUUGAAGAAGGACUACGAUGAAUUUAAAAGACAUCCAGACCAUGAUAAAUUUACCAGAGAAUUGUGGAGUAAUGAUGAAAGUGAGGUUGAUGCUGGCAAAGAUUGUUUUGCAAUAGUAAGCAGUAAAUCUUCAGAGUCUGCAGAAUAUGUGGAAAUUCCCAGAAAAGAUCACCCAGACAAUGAUGAAAUGAAGCUAUUAGAGAUGAAUUUACCUGCUGGGAAAAGCAAACUUCUGAAAAAAGAAUCAACUUCCAAAGAAAUACACAAGACACUGCUCAAAUCUUUUAAACGUCAGUCCAAGCAAAACAGUUGUCUGGAUCAAAACACUAAUGAGCUUUCACCAAGAAAGAAAGCUAAGCUGAGCACUAGUGAGGCUGCAGUCCAGAGUUCAGAAAGUAGCCUACAGACAGAUAGUUGUUUGACUGAUCUGAAGCAACUUGAAGGAUCAUCUCCAGAAUCAUUUUCUUUGACAGAUCCUGCAACAUCAGUAUCGAGCUUUCUGAAAGGGACCAAACCCAUCCAGGCCUUGCUUGCCAAGAAUAUUGGGAACAAAGUGACCUUAACAAAUCAACUGUCACCUCCACCAGGCAUAAAUGUAUCUACUUCUGAAAAGCCAGUUUUAUCACCUGUUGAAUCAUCACUGAUAAAACCAGCAUUGCCAUGUCAGACAGGUUCAAAGACUCCUUUACAAAUGGUAUACAAAAUGCCAAAUGGACACUGCGUACCAGUAGACCUUCACAACAGCUCCGUGAAAAUUCAAAUGCAACCUGUGAUUGACCCUAAAACUGGAGAAAAAGUAAUGCAACAAGUUCUUAUCUUACCUAAGAAUUUUCUUUUGCAGCAGAAAGAAGGGAAAGUCAUGUCCAAGGAUAGUAAUUUACUCCAGCAGAACUCUUCUGAGCUGCACUGUGCAACUUUCCCGGAAAUAACAAAUGUCACUGUAUCUUUAACACCUGUCCUGGUAACAGCACCUGCAAAUGUUACCUCUCACUCAACAAGUACAAUUUUUAACAAGAAUAUUUGCAACUUGUCACAAGGGACUGUUUCCACCAACAGUACACAAACAUUGCCUACUACAACAAGUAGCUUGGUAUCAUCAACAGUUAAGGUGUGCCAAACUGAACAUGACAAGCUUAGGACUGAAGUUUCAACUACCACAUUCCCUGUGUUUUUGUCUUCACCUAGUAUUUCCACAGCUAGUCAGUCUUUGAUAUCAGCAACAGCAUUAAGUGCAUCUACAAACACUGCUACUGCCUUUCAUUGUCUUGCAUCACAGCAAGCAACCGAAUCCUUUGAAACUAGGCAAGAGUUGAAAACCGUUUGUAUAAGAGAAUCACAAUCUAUUCUGGUCACAACACGAGGUGGAAACACAGGAAUUGUUAAAGUACAGACAAACCCAGACCAAAUUUCACCUACUAGUAUAUCUUCUGGUUCAGUUUUGACAUAUGCAUCUCAAUUUAAGGCUUUUUUGGUGCCAAAAACCACAGCAUUAUCAUCUUCUACGCUUCCAUCUGUAGCAACAGCCACAUCUAGUCUCCCACAUUUUGGACAAUCAUCUGUUUCUGGAUUUGCCCCCUCAACAGGUUCAUCUUUUAACACUCCACCUUUCCCAGCUGAUUUUAACCAGGCAGUGGAUAAAAGUAUCAAAUUCACAUUACAGCAGCCAGCUACUGGGAGCUCUUUAGGUCAAGUAGUAGAGAACACCUGCCAAGUGUCCUGUCCUUCUUCAUCCUGCAUUUCAUCAGCUAGCAGCUCAAUAUCAGCAACUCCGAACAGUCCCAUUAGUGUGACUAGCACUAGUCAAAAUAACACAGUUGUAACUCCAAACUCUUCUGUGCAGCAACAAUGUGAUACUAAAACUAAAACAAAUUCUGUUAUUCAAUCAGAGUCCAGUUCGGUAAUAAAUGGAGAUUUUAUCAGUGGUACUCCAGUACAGAAACUUACUUUAGUCACAAAUCCACCUAUUUUAUCCCCCUGUGGUGCAUCAGGAGUCAGUGUUAUACCAUCUCUAGCACCUACUGGUGUUAGUGCUCAGAAGUUAGUUUUCAUUAACACACCAAUUCCCAAUGGACCUUCAGCCACUACCCUGGUAGCAGAGUCUCUGAAACAUAACCUUCCUUCUUCUAUAAGCAAAACCUUUGUUAGUGCCACAGAGCAACCACAGUUGGUUCUGAUCCCAUCUACAAUGGGAGCACCAAUAAGAAUAAAUUCAUCACCAACCAUUGCUCAGGUAAAAGAUGUGAAAAUUGGACUAAAUAUAGGUCAAACCAUCGUAAAUACUAAAGGCAGUGCACAGCAGACUCCACCAGUUAAUAUAUUGCACUCUGCAGUUUCUAAGGGAGAAGACAAAAAAAACAUAGGCUUGGCUUUAUCAUUGACAAGUACUAACAGUUUGGUUCCCGUGUGUUCAAGUUUUAUAAGUCAAAGUGCUGUGUCAAUUAAUGAAUCUCUGUGUGUUGCAGCAAAAGCUACAAAUUCCUUUUCAGUUCCAACAGCAAAUGCAUGUCCAGAGUCUGUUUCAGUAGCACCAAGUGGGACUUCUGGGACACGGCCUACUGUCUUGAGUGGUGGAAAUGAUCCCUCAAAAGUGAGGCCAGUUCUGGGUAGUCGACUGUGUACAGCAAAUAUUGGAAAUACUGUAGGUAUAUCAACUGUGAAAACAGGACAUCUUGCUUCAUCCGUGCUAAUUUCAACAACUCAGCCGAUGGUAUCUUCUCAGAACUUAACAUCUGCCUUGCAGUUUCCAGUCAUUAGCUUGUCUGGAUCUGUAGCCACUCCACGCAAAGUGUUACAUACAGUUCCUCAGUUGGCAGCAGUUCCAGCUCCUCCUCCGGUACCAAAAAGCCAGCUGCCCACACUGCUGCAGUUUCAGUCAUCUGGUGUUACGGCUGCUGGGCCAAGUAAUGCAGGUACUCAGAAACCUCAAAGUUUGUUGACCCCUGCCUCACCAAAUACAGGUAAAGUCGUUAGUUUUCCAAGUUUUUCAUCACUGCAAUGCAAGCAGGUGCCUCCCAGUCUAGAGAAACAAAGUCCUGCUUACAGCGUUGCUUCUACCAUUCAGAUGUGUGUAGCUUCACCAGCCAUAACAAGCAAGACAGGAGGUCAACUGAACGAACCUUGCAUUCAACAGAAGAUAGUCAUUAACACUUGUAUGCCUUUGGCACCUGGAACUCAGAUAAUGAUUAAUGGUACUUGUUUUGUUGUUCCACCACAAGGCCUUGGAGCUGGCAGCCAUGUCCUUCUUCUCUCUUACAACACAAAACAGACUCCUCCUUUAAAUAUUAACCAUGGCCAAGAGGCUCAAGGUGUACCAGUGGUUAAUCCAAUAACCUCAAAAAUCAUUCUAGCACCAAGUAAUUCACUAAGUUGGCAAACAUCACAACGACUUUUGAAAAACUCUACAAAAAUUGUGAACUCUUUUGGGUCUGCAGAUGCUUUACCUAUUGUACAUGCAACACCACAGAUACUUAGCACUCCAUCUAGCUCAUGCACUCCACUACCUGCAGCAACGCUGUCUGUGUCUUCAGUGAUAAAAUCUCCUGCCUAUGUUCCAACUACAUCCUCUGUGGUUUCUGCUGUUCAUCCUUCAAACUCUCAUUUACCCAGCAACACUUCAGUGUUUCAGUUGGACACUUCUAUCAAAAAACUGUUGGUCAGUCCAGAAGGAGCCAUUCUGAAUGCUAUAAAUACUCCAGCAUCAAAAGUUUCUUCACUGUCUUCGUCACUGCCCCCUGUUGUUGUGUCCACAAGCAGAAUUUCUACCACUGUCUUCCCUAUAUCUCAGUCAUCUUGCCUUGAUAAACCUGAUAACGCUGCAUCCUGAAUUUAGAGCAAAUGAGCCACUUUGAAAUUGUGGGGCAUUCUUUUGACUCUAGAAGUUACAACUGUUGAAUGAUUUCUUACAUUGUUUGAAACAGUUGAUUUUCUCAAAAGUACUUAAGAUUACACUUUCCAGUUUACCUAUGGGGAUAAGAAAUAAAAAUAUAUUUAGUUUGUCAGAGAGUUGUUUAGUAAAAAGGUCAGAAAUGACCAAUGAGUUCAUUAAACAGUUUUGAAAAAUCUAGCUUUUUGCACAUAUUCCAUCUUACAAUAUGGACUGUUUGGCAGUGUGUUUAUGACAGUGUGUGUCUCCUUUUUAUUUGUCAAAUUUAUUUUUGAUUUGUUUCUGUAAAAAAAUAUUUAUGCAUUGUAAAAAUGCAGUGUAUGGUAUAGAACUGUAAAUAUUCAUGAAUUCCUAACAAUCUGUACUAAACUAUAUGUACAAAGAACUAUGCUGUCUUAUUUAUGUUUUGUUUACAUAAUGUAUAGUUUUUUAAGUAUUUUAGUAACUUUGGACCAGUGUACUGUUUAGCAACAAUGCAAAAGAAUCUGCAUAUAAUAAAUCAAGUUGCUGUACUGCA